AUGUUCACACAAGACGAGGUGACUCAAGCACCGCGGAUUCCUAUUGAAAAGGUGAAACGGAUUCUCAAGAAUGCGUGGGGAAUUGUUUCAUGCGAUGUACAGGUUUUGAAUGGAUAUGAGGAUAUGAAUUUUCGAGCGACACGAUGUGUUUGGGAUCACGGGAUGAGCGAGGAUGAGACAGUGAUCUUCAAGAUAACGAAUCCAGUGGCUGCGAGGAAUACAAGGCAUUUGGACUUUCAACGUCACGUCUGCGAGACACUCACCUCUAACGGAAUCCCCGCUCCUUACUACAUUCCAUUGAAAAACUCACAGAAAAUCUGGAGACUUGAAAAGAUUACAGAUAACGUUGUUCUACCAGUGCGUCUCAUUCGAAUCCUUCCCGGCACCAAUCUUGAGCAUUUUCCUUUUGAUCAGAAUACGGUGAUCCGAAUCGGUCGACUCGUUGGCGAUUUCCACAACGUGAUGGACAUGAUCCCUAAAGCGCAAUGGCAUCAACAUAUUCCAUUUAUCGCAGCCGAGAAUGUCGAUUGUGCAGUGAAAGAGGUUGAAAUCCUCCAAAAAGCCGGCUUCCUUACCCCGCAAAAGUCGAUGCUUGUGCGAAAAGUAUUCGCCGAGCUUCGUGAAAUGCUAAAUGAAUCUCACAAUAUGGAUACAGGUUUAAUCCAUUCCGACAUCAACGACACGAAUAUCCUUGUUGAGCAAAAAGAGGAACAACUUGAGAUCACCGGCUUAAUCGAUAUGGGCGAUGUGCAUUGCUCGCUGAGAAUUAUGGACAUUGGAGCGACUUGUCUUUAUUUAGCGCUUGGAGAUUCGUCUGAUGAUAAAGAUUGGUCGCGUUUCCCUCGUUGGUUUUUGGAGGGUUACGAGAGUGUUCGUGAGUGUGCAGAUGCUGCGAAGAUUAUCAGCGGAAUGAGGGCACGAAUGGCUUGCAGUCUCAUUUGUGGACUUAGAGCGGCUCGCAUAAACUACCGCAAAGAGCACGACGCUUACGUGUUGAAAACACAGAUUCGCGGAUGGAAUAUGCUCGAGCAACUCAGCCGAGCCGGUGCCCAUCCACUCAUC